UGGGGGGGCACGGGGUGAGGCGGGUCUCUGUCGCGAUAGAAGGCGGGAGGGGUUGUGUGUCCCCCGCUCCCUGAGGUGACUGGAGCGGCUUCCCGGAGCCUCGCCUCGGCGGGUCGCCUGGUCCCAGGGUGACAGCGAUGCGGCUGCCGGGCUGAGGGGGCCCCGCCGGGCUGAGGGAGCCCGCCAGCAUGGGAACGGCCGCUGAGGGUGUUUCGGCACCGACACCCAGACAAAGAUGUAGGUGACCAAGAGGUGUUUUCCCCUUCUGGCUUGGGAUUAAAUCUCUCGGUUGCAGGGCAUUUAUCUUAGGAAAUGGAUACAUCUUCCCAAAAAUACCCAGUCAAAAAGCGAGUGAAAAUUCAUCCCAACACAGUAACGGUGAAAUAUACUUCUCAUUAUCCCCAGCCAGGAGAAGAGGGAUAUGAGGAUGCUAAUGAAGAUGCUGGAGUAUUUAUGGAGGAUAAUCCUAAGAAAAGACUACUGAAUGAUGGCAAAAAGAGAAAAAGGACCUUUUUUGGUACAAUAGACACCACGCUUCAGCCAGCACAGCUUCCAAAACCUGAUGAGACCGGGCAAUCCCAGCAUCUUCCUGAGGGAAAUAUACUGCAAUCGAGGAAAACGUGGGUAGUCCUUUUCGGAUCUGCUGUGGCUCACGGAUGUGUGGCUCUAAUUACAAGAUUAAUUUCUGAUCGUUCCAAAGUGCCAUCCCUAGAGUUAAUUUUCAUCCGUUCAGUCUUACAGGUGCUGUCCAUUACUGUUGUGUGUUAUUACCAUGAGCCUCCCUUUGGCCCCAAAGGCUACAGACUCCGGCUUUUCUUCUAUGGAGUCUGCAAUGUUAUCUCUAUUACCUGUGCUUAUACCUCCUUCUCUAUAGUUCCGCCCAGCAACGGGACCAUUAUGUGGAGGGCUACCACUACAGUGUUCAGUGCCAUUUUGGCUUUUUUACUUGUAGAUGAAGGAAUGGCAUACAUAGACGUAAUUACUGUAGUCGGCAGCGUGUUUGGUGUUUGUCUGGUCAUGGUCCCCAAUAUUGUCAAGGAGGAAAACUCCUUGCUGAGCACCUGGAAGGAAGCUUUUGGCUAUACCAUGACUGUCAUGGCAGGUUUGACCACUGCUCUCUCAAUGAUAGUCUAUAGGUCAAUCAAAGAUAACAUCAGCAUGUGGACGGCACUGUUCACCUUCAGUUGGACAGGAACGGUAUGGGGAGCGUCCACCAUGUUCCUACUUCAAGAGCCGAUUGUCCCACUGGAUGGAGAAACCUGGAGCUAUCUCCUUGCCAUCUGCCUGUGCUCCACAGCGGCCUUCCUGGGGGUCUACUACGCCCUAAGCAAGUUCCACCCUGCUUUAGUCAGCACCGUACAGCACCUGGAGAUAGUCAUCGCCAUGGUCCUGCAGCUCGUUGUGCUGCGGAUCUUCCCAGGUGCUUAUGAUCUUGUUGGGGGAGUGGUUAUUCUGGUUAGUGUUUUUUUCCUUGCAUGUUAUAAACUGUCCUGGAACAAUUUAGGAAGGCAAGAUUAUCAGGAGAUUGUGGAUUCUUCCAUUAAAUGAAUUGUGGUUUUGCCACCCAAUUCUGGCUAUGUGACCACAUGAAAGUAAUGUAUUUCAACUCUGUGUUGUUAUAGCAUAGUGGCCAGGUCCUCUCUCUGCUGAUUAAAUUCACAGCUGAUGUAGCAACAUUGGUAUUUCCAGACUUCCAUGACAGGUGAAUUUGUUCUAGUGCGUACAACCACUGACGUUUUGUCACAUAGGAAAAGGCUGUUGGCCUGCACCACACACCUUACAUGCUGGAGACAAAGUCACAGGCAUGCUCUUCCUUACUUUCCCUGGAUAACGGCAAUACAGAGACAGAGGGAUUCGCUAGUGACUCUCAUUCCUGUGCAGUGUGGUAGUAGCAAAAUGAACAGUAAAACCAUGUAAAGUCAACCAGAAUAUUCGUAUCCUCUGUAACACUUCUUGUGCUUUGGAUGUAAUACUCUAAAUGAAGUAAUGCUAACAUUUCUGUGGCUAAAACUUGUAUUUCCUGUGUGUAUAAAGAAUAAGUCAGUAAAGCUU